UGGUUUAGUUGAUCACCCAGUCGCUCAGAGUCUCUCUCUCUCUCUCACUAAAACUUGCAUACAGUGGACAGGUUCAGAGGGGGAAAGGGAGGGAGGAGAGAGAAAGAGAGGGGGAAGUUGGGGCAGCUGUCUUAAAUGAGGAAGGAAGGGAAAGAGCAGCAGUAGGGGCAGAGUUGGUGCAGUUUCCAUGGCGGCGUUUGCAGGGCUCUAAUUCCGUGCCAAUAUUGUUAUUGCUUCGAACUCCACGACAACACCACUAGAUUCAUUUCUAAACCCUUCCAGUUACUCACCUUACCCAACUCCAACAAAACCCAAAAAAUAUUUCCUUAAUAUUCUUCUUAGUGCUUAGUAUUCUUACCCUAAUGCUAAAAUAUUCCCAACAUUUGCCCCUCAAAAAGCUGCAAAAACCCCACAAGGAGAUCGCGGAGAUUUAAAACACACGGUCGCACAGUACUAGCGCACAGAUAAGAUCACAGGGUCAAAAAAGGAAACUCAAGUUGUGGUUAAUUAAUAUGGAUUUGUACCCAAAAUUGAGGUCAUCAAAAAAAUGGCAGGCUUGUUUUGCUUAGGAGGGAGAGAUCAAGGCCCGACCAGCGGUGACAAACAAGGGGGAGAGGAUCAGAGUGGAAGAGUGGGAGGAGCAGCAGCGGAAGCGGCGGCUGUAGGAGGAGGAGGGAACUUGUUUUUGUACAGAUCAUCAGGCGAGGCGCAGGCUGAGAUCUACAACAAGGGGUUUGAUAUAUGGCCGUCACAAUACCACCCACACCAAAAUUUGAACUACUACUCGUUUGGAGUGGAUCCUAGCUACAACCAUAGACACCUGGACAACAACAACGACGGUGUUUCGGCGGAUGAUCUGUCGGCGGGGUUGAGGCUGACGAUGAUGAGAGGAGGAUUAGGAGGGUUGGGAAGCAGCAGCGGCAGCAUGAACUGCCAGGACUGUGGGAACCAAGCAAAGAAAGACUGUCCGCACCUUAGGUGCCGGACCUGUUGCAAGAGCCGAGGGUUUCAGUGCCAAACACACGUGAAGAGCACGUGGGUUCCCGCCGCGAAACGACGGGAGCGGCAGGAACAAUUCUCUGCCUUACAGCAAAACCAAAACCAGCAACAACAGCAAGAACAGCAGAUACAGUUUCGAGGUGAAAACCCCAAAAGGCUGAGAGAUAACUCUCUUGCCUGCGUUCGUAUUCCUUCCAACACGUCAGGGUUGGAGUUAAAUCCAUUUCCACCAGAAGUGAGCUCACCGGCGGUGUUCCGCUGCGUAAAAGUAAGUGCAAUGGACGAUGUAGAUGAGCAAUUCGCGUAUCAAACGGCUAUCAACAUCGGAGGGCAUGUGUUCAAGGGACUUCUGUACGAUCAGGGCAUCGAUGGUCAGUAUUACCCGAGUUCUGGAGGAGGAGGAGGUGAGAGCUCCUCGGGCGGUCGAGGUACUAGUCAUGAUCACCACCAAGACGGAGGAGGAAGCGGAGGAGGAGGAGGUCAUCCACAUCAUCAGCAACAUGAUCUUGUAACGGUCGCAGCUGCCGGCGGGACCUCUGGCAAUCCGUCUACUACGUUGCUUGACCCUUCUCUCUUCCCAGCUCCACUCAAUGCUUUCAUGGCUGGUACGCAAUACUUUCCGCCUCCGAGGUCUUAAAAACCGAAAACAAAAAAAUGGCAGUAUUUGCUUGUUUGCUUUUAACCAAAAUCUCUUAUUGUCAGCUAGCUACUAGCUUAAUUAGUCUAGCUGAUGAUGUUUAUUUUUCUGAUUAUCAUGGUUUUAAAUUUCUUAAUUUAAUCUCAUGCACUCAAAGUAGAAGACCUGGCUAGCUAGGGCUGGAGAAUUGGAUCGAGAUGUCGACUCAUGAAUGACGAAGACGAUAUAUAUUUGGAUGGACAGGGAUGUUUGGUUUUUGUUCGAAUUUCAAUUCUGAUUUUUCGUGGUUAUUUAUUUGAUGAAGAUAACUCUUAUCAAUGAUGAUGAUGGUGACUCGUUAAUAAUCUAAAUUAAUUUAGAAUUAAUCUAAA